AUGGCGGGGGCUCCUGAAGCUGUGGUGGUCGGACCUCCGCAGGACGAAGAGCUAGUGGCCGCCACAGCCAGCCAUGCUCCGGUCCCCGGCCCUUCCCGAGAGGACUUCCGGGUGCGCUGCACCUCGAAACGGGCCGUGACAGAAGUGCUAGAACUGUGCGGCAGCUUCAUGCAAAAGCUCGGAGAUGCGCUGCCGGAGGAGAUUCGGGAGCCGGUGCUGCGAGACGUGCAGUGGACUUUUGAAUCAGCUGUGCAGGAGAAUGUCAGCAUUAAUGGGCAAGCAUGGCAGGAAGCUUCAGAUAAUUGUUUUAUGGAUUCUGACAUCAAAAAACUUGAAGAUCAGUUUGAUGAAAUCAUAGUUGAUUUAACAACAAAACGUAAGCAGUAUCCCAGAAAGAUCCUUGAAUGUGUCAUCAAAACCAUAAAAGCACAACAUGAAAUUCUGAAGCAGUACCAUCCUGUUGUAUACCCAUUGGACCUAAAAUAUGACCCUGAUCCAGCUUCUCGUAUGGGAAAUUUGAAACACAGAGGAGAAAUCAUAGCUCAGGAUAUCAGCGAAGCAAUGAAGUCCUUGCCUGCAUUAAUCGAACAAGGAGAUGGAUUUUCCCAAGUUUUAAAGAUGCAACCUGUUAUCCAGCUCCAGAGGGUCCACCAAGAAGUCUUUUCUGGUUGUUGUAGGAAAUCAGAUGCUAAACCUGAGAGCUUCAUAACAAAAAUAGAAACCACACCACCAGAGACUGUGUCCAGGAAAACCUCUGAUGUGGUAUUGAAGAGAAAGAGAACUGCAGAUUGCCCCCAGAGAAAAUGGUAUCCGCUGCGACCAAAGAAAAUUAAUCUUGAUACAUAAGCUCUUUUUGUUUCUUUUAGGAUUUGGAAAUAGGCACUGUCAACAUUUAGAUUACAGUCCAGAGUUUGGACAGGACUUCACUUAAAACAACAAAUAACUCUUUUACUAGUGAUUCUCUGGAAUAUGAUGUCAUGCUGUUUUCAUUUCUCACCAUUGCAUCUGUAGUAGGUGAAAAGCGUAUAAAUAUUUUUUUAAUCUUAGCACUGAGCCCAUCAGUGGGCCUUAGAGUGCAAAGUUUUAUUGUCCUUGAAUGACAUUAACUCUUGACUUGCCUGGCUGCUUUUAUGGAAUUUCCCAAGCAGCACAUUCUGUUGUGUUUCCCUGAUAGACAUUGAAAAAAAAAUGCUGUGUAAUGUUCCUUAUUUAUGUGCUGAGAAGUAAUCAUUUCUACACAGUGGCAGAUACCUUUUUUUAACGUGCAGUUUGAUUAUCAAAUUAAUGUGCAGAUGACAAAGCUGGCUUUGGCUGUUACUCUAAUUUCAGCUAAUUUUGAUCUGUAGGAUUAAUUUUAGAAGUUUUUGUUUUGCUUUUAUAAGACAAUGAAGACUAUUAUCUGUGUAAGAAUCACUCAGAAAUAAAAAUUGGUAUGCAGCCUAUGUUUUCUGCUCACACUUUUAUUUUCUGUAGACCUUUUAACAUAAUUUGAUUUGGAACUAAUAGUUUCUUUUCAGGAUUUCUCAUCUAUUUCUUUAUAGAUCAAUCCACUGCAAAAUAUGUAUCAGAUUAAUUCAGAUUAAUACAUUGGCAAAUUGUCAUUAUAGAACAAAUGCAGUUAUACUGAACUAUUUUACAUUUAAUGAUGUUUAUAUGUAUAUCAGAUUUAUAAUCAUUGAUAGAAAUCUGAGAAAAUUAUACUUGCCCAUACUUCUAACAUUUCCCUAUUGCUUGUUAUACCUCAUAUUAUGUCUUUUACUCCUACAGUGUAGGCCGGGCCAUCUGAUUUACCAGUUCCGCCUUUUGAUGACUAUACUAACCUUCAGAGGAAUUUACUAAUCAUGAGGUGCAAGAUUUGUAACUUCUUGCUCAUUAUGUCUUAGCAGUCAUAAAUGUUCGGAUUUGUCAGAACAUCUGUCUCAGUGAAGAAAACUUAGAAAGCCACUUUAUUGCAUUUUUUUGCAUUCUCUGUUUUAAUGAUACAAUUUGAGAUGUGUAUAUUUGUACACAGCAAUGUGGUUUUUGUAAUUAAAAAUAUACAAAGUGA